AGAAGUUUCAGUCAGUUCAUAACAGACAGCAGUGAGCAACGAAAGCGAAAAACAACCUCCCUCCCUCUCUCUCUCUCUCUCUCUCCUCACUUUCUCUCUCUACUCUUCGGUCCUAAAAACCAGAGAAAUGGACGCUGACGAGAGAUUGACGGCAUUGAAGAAGGCAUACGCCGAUAUAAUCUUGAAUACAGCGAAAGAGGCGGCGGCUCGGAUUAUGGUUUCGGCGAAAAACUUAGUUUCAGCAGGACUGAAUGUCACCAAACAACAGGGGCUUCAGAUGUUGCUUCGACUCAAACAAAUGUUGGAUUCUAAGGCCAAUGAAGCAGAGAUGACAUAUUUGAGUCAGCAGAGAAAGAUUGGAGAGCUUGAAGGACAACUUCGGGACGCUGAGGAUAGAAUCAAUGAAGCAGAGCUGACGACCUUGAGUCAACAGAGAAAGAUUGACGAGCUCGAAGCACAACUUCAUGAAGCUGAGGAUAUAGUCAAAGACCUCAGAGAAGAGUUGAGAGAAGUGCAGGCUCAACUGGAGAGGGUGAGAAGCAACAAGUUACAGCAUACUAGUGAAUGUGAUACAGCUACUCAGGAACAAACAUCACAGGAGAAUGGAUUCGAUACUUCUCAGUCUUUUAUAUUCCCUCCACCAGCAUCGCGACUUGAAUCUUUCACAACUUCUGACAUGAAGAAUUCAGCUUUCAGUCAAAAGAAUGAGGUUUACAAGUCCUACAAUGGGAAUGAUUUUCGUAAUGGGAAUUCUUAUAUUGGUAGACCUGAUCUUCCCUCUACAUCAGAGGAUAACAGACUAAAUACAUACCAGUCUAUUAUAUUGCCUCCUCCAGAAUCACAGCUUGAAUCUUUCACAGCUUCUGACAUGAAGAGUUCAACAUUCAAUAAAAAACAUGAGGUCUAUAAAUGCCAUAGUACAAAUGAUUUUCAUAUGGGGAAUUCCCAUGUUAGUAAACCUAAUCUCCCCUCCAUAAUACUGAGAAGCAAGGAACCUGAACUCUACAGAAAUCGACGCACUCAGAGAAUUCGUGCAUUCGAAGAGAAACUGAUGGCCGGAGAAUUGUCCUUUUCUCAAACAAUAGAUGAUGUGAAUUACGAAACAAGUAAUAGAGAAGAUGGUGAACGUGAAGGGAUCUGUAAGACACCAACUCACAAGGCUGAUAACAUUUGUAGUACAGAAAAGAAAAAUGUAGCGCAGGCUGAUAGCAGUUGGCACCAAGUUAAAGUCAAGUCUUUCCGAAAAAGGAGAAGAGCUACUGGAUAUACAAGAAACAAAACCCCCUCGUCUAGGUAUCUCUCCAAUCAGGUCCUGAAAAGGGUCCAAAAUUAUGAUGGCACAGAGGCAAAUUUUGUCAAUAACAAUGUUCAAUCCAGUGGAGACCCUUCUAACAUGGCCCCAAGAUUAUCAGCUGAUACAACAGAGAAUGGCACACUGUUGGGAUGUACGGAAAUUACUGAAAGCGAUGCAGAGUUUGUUGAAGUGGGUAGUGUCCAGAACACUAUGAACAAGGACGAGGUGUCAACAGAUAAAUUAUUGCUGAUGAGAUCAGAAAGUGGAUCUGCAGAGAGUUCAGGGGUUCCAAUUUGUGGAAUGGGCAUUGAGAAAGUGGAUGUGCCGGUAGUAAACUCAGAGACAAAGACACCUGGCACAUCCAGUGGGAUUCCUUACAAUCAUGUAGCUGAUAGGGUUAUCAAGUACACAUUCCAAAGGAAGCGGAAGAAAGAGUCUCUGAGCAGCUCUGAUGGGAAUGCCGCUCUUGAAGAGUGCAUUUUGAAGAAAAAGACAGCAGAUAAACAAAAUGGUUCACUGGAGAUGGAGAAGUCUAGCUCAAUAACUGAGUCAUCUCGAGACAGUCGGCGUCUAGCACAGGUUGCUCGUCAGCUUAUAUCUUUGUCUGAGAAAAAAUGGUGGCAGUAAAUCUGGUUGUUCAUGCAUCCAAAGGUGAGGGUGUUGAACUUGAGGGGAAAGAAAACAGUUCUUCACCAACAUCGAUGUGAAAGCAUUUUGUCAAAGAAUCCUGUCGAAUUGCCUGCUACUUUAUGAAGAUGAGAGAGUGUACAUCCUCGCGUUACUAAUUUUAUGGGCGUAAUUCCCAAUAAAUGGUUACAAUUAUUGUAUUUCUUGCAUCGUUCUAUUUUCAUUAGUACCAUAGGUUAUCAUCAACUUCUCUUUUCCUUUUUAGGCAAUGGUUUCAUCUUUGAUUUAGCAUAUUAAUAUAUAUAGCAAUUUACAUGUUUCAAUCUCAGUUUUCUUA